AGCAUAGGAAAAUCCGGACGAGUUGGUGAAAGAGUCUCCUCCACUUUGACCAAAUGCGGAUUGUGUCUCUCCUGAAGAACAGUUUAUUCGCACCUGAAGAAGAGGAGGAAGACGAUGAAGAUGAUGAAGACGAUGAAGAUGAUGAUGACGACGAUGAGGAUGACGAUUUGGCUGAAGACUUCUUCUUUUUGCUACUAAGUAAAAGGAAUACGACUACACCUACAAUAACAAGCAAAAGAACUCCGCCACCUACUGCUAUCCAUAUCCACAUAGUUUUGCUACUUCCUUCUUUUGGUUUCUUAGCAGUAGUAGAAACUGCCGUCUGUGUAGUUGGAGAAGCCGUUUUCUUCGAAGAUGCCUGUGAAGAUGUCGGUGACUUUAGCAAACUCUGAGAAGAUGGUACUGAGUUGGGUUGAUAAUCCUUCACUUUUGAUAUUCCUUCAAUAGAUGAGAUUUUGCUACUAGUAAAUCCCUUCGAAUUUGA